UCGGGCGCUUCGGCUCUCCGUCCUGUUCCGUGUAUCAUUGCCAUCAUUUGUCGCGGCGUCGCGGAGCAGUUUUCAUCGUUAUUCCCGCGUUGGUGCUCUUGUGUAAACGCGUUCUACAGUAAAAAAAACACCCGCGUUCACUCUUACCCGCUUACCCCACUGUCGUUGAUUGCUCAUAUUUCAGCCUUUCACUGUUCUUUUUUCUCCGAGUUCACGCGUUCAUACACUACUGUUAAUUUAUUUCGGUGAAAUAUUACACUUUCGUACCUAAAGCCGGUUCGAUCGCAUUUUCAAACGAUUUUCAAACGACAUAUACGUGCUAUUACCAAAAUAUCUAUUUUAUCUGUCGUUCCUUUUCUUGACUAACGAGCACAAGAACUGCGGGAAAUAAAUAUAAUGGCAGUAGUUAGCGAGAGCAUGUUGUAUCAAGAGAGAAUAGCACCUUCUUACGUAUCGUCGAGCGGUUAUUACGGUUACGUACCGCCUACGUGCCCAUUCGCGAAUUACGAAAGCAUCAUUGUAAAAGAACCGUCGUCGUGCAAUAGUGGUGCGAACGAGGCCAUCAACGGUUCAAGCAUUGUCCCAGUGCCGGCUAACACCGGCGCCAAUCAAUGGACAAUGCCCAAGUCGGCUUCGUUAAUUUUUCAAAAGCAUAAAUCUAAUAUUGUUCCUCCUGAAACCGUACAAAAGUAUAACAAUACAGCCAUGGAGACUGACCAAGAAGAAACUCUGCUACGUAACGAUCAACGGUUUCACGACGCCGUCAUGCGAUGCCAGAAUAACCAUUGCGUAAUUCCAGAACCCCGGAUCCAAAACAUCAACAACGCUAUGUUUUCAUUGCCCUUUGGACCACCGUACGGGACUACGCAAUCAGAACUCUGUGAUUUUACAAAAAGACGCGGGAACCGGAAGCGCAACAGCGCCGGCGAUCCCGCUUAUCUUAUCGACGAUCGCAGCGCCAAUUUUACCAAAAAGUCCCGACAAGACGGUGGUAACAGCAACUUUUGCAAUGGUACAGGACCUUUACGAGAAUUUGGACCGUCCGCGUUGCAUAAUGAACCGACAUCAUUGAUCGUAGUUGAUAAGGGAUUGGUCAACGUUGAUACGAUCGAGAAAGUCUCGAAGGGUUUUCGCUGCCGCGACGAGGCAAGUAAUUACAAUGAUGAUUCGUUAAACGAAACGAAUCACGAGCGUUCGUGCUGCAAAAUUACCACAAGAAAUAGCGAAAAGCCCAAAUUAAUUGGCAAUAGUUACUUAGAUUAUGAGAUUAUGUUGAUGGAGACGCACGGAUGCUCGGCUUAUCAUUACAAUAGUUAUCGAAACUUUGAUAACGCUGUUUUAACGGAAACGGAAUUCUGAAAUAAGCUUAUGCAAACAAUAACAUCUAUAAUGAAUUAUUUCUCUCUCCGUCUUGUGGGACUAAGAAGUGAGAAAGCCGCGAUUUGUUUUGUUCACUUAAUUUUAAGACCACACACUGUUCAUGAUUGACCAGCGUACGAAUUCGUUGCGCAUUUACGAGCUAGUAAACAGAAAAAAGGAAUAUUACUUAUGACAUAAGCGUGUAUAUAUCAAUAAAUAUUUACUUUUCUAUUCACUAA